AUUUGACAGGCAUCAGCUCGAGGGGGAAAAAAAAAACCAACCAGCAAACACAAAUUUGUCAAAUAUGGAGUAAAAAAUCUUGGCCCGUUAUUGACCCACUUUGGUUUUGGACUUGAGUACUUGACUCCACGACCAGAGCAGCAAAAAUGCAGAGGAGAUCGGCCGCCGGAAGGCCGUCGGGAACUGAUGGCUCUGACUAUUCCUUUCGCAUGGUGGUUGAUUCAAGGUACACCAAAGUGGCCAAAGGGAAGGGUCGUCUCGCUUUCUUCCUCUCAAUUCAGGCACUCAUUUUAUUAGUUGGUAGUAUUCUGGUAUUGUUACCAGUGGUAAAAGGAGAAGAGUAUGACGUGCUUAGCCUUGCAUCAGUUGUUCUCGGUUUUCUUUCUCUUGUUGCUGGUGAAUUAGGUCGUAGGCAAAGCCGGACAACAUUCUUGAAGAUUUACUUGAUCAUGUCAAUUAUCGCAAUGUUCAUCUCAGUAGCUUGUGCAGUGAAAAGCAAUGUCAUAUUUGAGGUAAUUCAAAGCGGGUUUGCGGACUGCUGGGAAAAACAAAGAUUACAGCUCAUUGAAGUUCUACAUGUUUUCAUUGAAGUGUUGGUGAAGAUUUUCGCUGCUACCACCACAUUAUCUCUUAUUCAUAACAUGUCCCCUCCUAAACGAUCAUCUUGAGCCCCCGCCUUCCUAGGCAGAUUACAGUAUGGUUAGAGGAGCACUCCUAGGCAAUUUUCGGAAUUUGUAGGAACUUUACGAACGUAAAGAUCAUUGAUACCAAACUCCACAAGAUUUCUAAAGUUCCAUUAGCAAAAUUUUGAAUUUUUAGCUUUAAAAUCUCAUCAUUUUGUAACUGCAUAAACUGCGCUACUAUAAAAGAGAUACGUUAAUUUUGUAAGGUUACCAUUUUGAUUUGUUUCUGUGAAAAUGACAAGACUCCUUUUAUAAACUGAUUCUGAGUUUCUGAA